CAGUCUCUUCACUCCGGUACACACGAACUUGAGGUAACUUUUCUGAGGAAACAUUUGAUGAUCCUAAACCCUAACACCCUCCCGUUCGUAGCCUAAGUCCUCAGGCACCAAUCCUAUACAGGAUCUCGGGUUGAGCUGCCCCGAAUCUUAGGUUUACGUAGUUUGUUAGGUAAUCUCCCCGCAAUUUCAAGAACCAGCAGUUUCUACAACAAUCGACCUCUUGAUUCCGCCUUGUGUAUUCUCUAAGUUUAUUUAUUCAUCACGAACAUUAUUGCUCUCUUACUACCUAGACAGCACUUAUAACCUCAAUUGAAUCGUGGAGCACAAUGGCCUCGUCAUCAGGACAACCUCUCGGAGAACCCUCCACUGACUUCAAUGCCCUAACCACCCUCGAAUGUUCAUACACAUUUCCCACAUUCAACGCCUCAGUCGCCUUCGACCUCGGUAUCGCCCUACGCAACCGCAUCCUCUCCCUACCCAGCACCCAGCGCAAACCAGCCGUAAUAUCAAUCUCAACCUCAAACGGGAACCAUAUCCUCUUCCAAUCCGUGACUGAAAGCGGCACAACACCUGAUAAUGAGGAAUGGGUGCGUAGGAAACGGAAUACUGUCUUGAGAUUUGGUUCGAGUACCUGGGCGUUUAGACAGAAGUUUUUGGCUUCGAGUACUCCGGGGCAAAACGUUGAGGCACUGUUUGCGCAAGGGAGGGGGUUGAAGAGUUCUGUGCCUGGAGGUGUGCCGGAUGAUUAUGCUAUUCACGGUGGUGGUUUUCCGAUUCGAGUGGCUAAUGUAGAUCAGGUUGUUGGUGUUGUGGUUGUCAGCGGACUGAAGCAGGAACAUGAUCAUCAGGUCAUUGUUGAGGUUAUCAAGCAGUUUCUGGGUAAGAAUUAGGUAGUACGUGAACAAAAGCAUAGAAUGGAUAUAUGAUUUCGUAUAGAAUCUUUCAAGGUAUCACUCUGAUUGCCGUCUAAAAACAAUCAACCGUUAAAAUACAAGGGUGAAUCAUAUGCACAACUUGACAAAAACAAAAAACUCAAAACUCCCAAUUUGCCGUUAUUUUCUUGAAACAAACAAAGCCUAUAGCUCGUCGUGGCCUACAGGCUCAUCAUCCUCGUAGCUAGCACCACCAGCACCAGCGCCAUAAAGCUUGCUGGUAAUGGGGUAGGCCACACUGGACAAUUUCUCGCGUUGCUCCUCAAAAUCUUCCAUGGUGGCACUGGCACCGUUCUCAUCGAGCCAGUCGGUGGCUUCCUUGACGGCCU